AUGAGCAGCAGCUAUGCUUGGCUUCAUACAGACCCACUGGUGGAGUUUGACCUACCACAGUACUCUGAGGCUUGGAAACACAGUGUAACCCUCCAUGUCUCUCUCUCUCUCCAGACAACGCGGGUGGAGUUUGACCUACCAGAGUACACCGUGAGGAGACGCUACCAGGACUUUGAUUGGCUCAGGACCAAGUUGGAGGAUAGUCAGCCUACACAUCUCAUACCACCCCUCCCUGAGAAGUUUGUGAUGAAGGGGGUGGUGGACCGGUUCUCUGAGGAGUUUGUUGAGACGAGGAGGAAGGCUCUGGAUAAGUUCCUGAAGAGAGUGGCUGACCAUCCUGUCCUAUCGUUCAACGAACACUUGAACUCCUUCCUUUCUGCCAAGGACCUGAAUAAGAGACAAGGCCUCGCCCUGCUCUCUAAGAUGGGGGAGUCGGUGAAGUACGUGACAGGGGGGUACAAGCUGAGGGGCCGACCCGUGGAGUUUUCUGCUAUGGGAGACUACCUGGAUAUGUUCACACAGAAGCUGGGUACUAUCGACAGGAUAGCACAGAGAAUCAUCAAAGAACAGUCUGAGUACCUAGCAGAGCUGAAGGAGUACGGUCCAGUCUACACCACCUGGGCGGCGUCGGAGGCGGAGCUUCAGGGGCCUCUGGAGGGCGUGGCCAGCUGCAUGGCUAACUGCUCCAUCGCCCUGGACGAUCUCACCCAGGAUAUGAGCGGAGACUUCCUGCCCGUGCUCCGAGAAUACGUCCUCUAUAUCGAGUCCAUGAAGGCUAUUCUGAAGAAGAGGGACAACGUCCAGGCAGAAUAUGAGGCCAAACUGGAAGCUGCUGCGCUCCGGAAAGAAGAGAGACCAACAGCCAAGGUGCCUACAGACGUGGAGAAGUGCCAGGACAGAGUGGAGUGUUUUAACGCUGACCUGAAGUCAGACUGGGACCAGUGGCAGAACAACAAGACACAAGACUUCAGACAGUUACUCACUGGCAUGGCAGACCACAACAUCCAGUACUAUGAGAAGUGCCUUGCAGCGUGGGAGUCUGUCAUUCCAGUAUUACAGGACAAGCAGCCACAGGAGACAGAAACAGACUGACACGGCCAGCUGAACAUUGGAAAGUGGACUUAACAUCUCAAACACUUCUCUACCCGAGUGACCAGUGUCACACACAGACACAGAUGCUCUCGACGGGACCAAGGAAAUGGGCUUUUGGGUCGACAGACUGAAGUCCUUUUAGUUUUGGUGUUUCUAUUUGUGAAACCCAGUCAGUCGGAACGUCCCAUCCUGCCUGCUGGGCAUUGUCUCACGUCAGGUAGCGCAACGGCCGCCUGCACUGAUCUGUCGGAUAACUUGCAAACACUCAUGGGAUAGCUAAAAAGAAGUUUGGCCGCAAUAUGCUGUGCUAACAUUCGGAAUGUUACCAAGGUGACAUCGUCUGCUAAAAGUCUCUACAUCAUCUAAAAGAGUCCGAGUUAAUCUGACCAGAAAUAUCACCCUGGAGUCAGAUUUAAUCUGACCAGAAAUAUCACCCUGGAGUCCGAGUUAAUCUGACCAGAAAUAUCACCCUGGAGUCCGAGUUAAUCUGACCAGAAAUAUCACCCUGGAGUCCGAGUUAAUCUGACCAGAAAUAUCAACCUGGAGUCAGAUUUAAUCUGACCAGAAAUAUCAACCUGGAGUCCGAGUUAAUCUGACCAAAAAUAUCAACCUGAAGCUAAUAAAUCUUCACUACCUAAUUCUACAUUUAACGAAGGUGUUAUGUGGUUGGAAGAAUCAGUAUUUAUGAAAUUCGUAAUGAACACUAAAAUUAGCUAGCUAACACGUCAGCUCCAGUAGCUAGUGUUUGCUUGCUGGCUGAACCAGUCUCAAAUCAAUCCAUAAUGAAAGGCAGGGAUGCUAACAAUGCGAGUCCACACACACUCAAUGCUGAAUAAUCCUAGUAAAUUCUAGCUAAUGCACCAAUUCGUUUUCAUGUUCUGCUGUGAUUUAGUGUGCCGAGUUCUACAGCACAGCUGAAUGUAGCAAGGCACAUUGCCAGCUGUCGGAGUCAGAAACCUGCUGAUUUCUGAGAACAGUCCCAGAACUUUGGUGCCUUACAAGCUGGCAAACUAUCUACUGUAUUGCCAUUCAAACAAGCCCUGCACUAGGCUGCUAACUGGAGUUUACUCAAGCCCUGCACUAGGCUGCUAACUGGAGUUUACUCAAGCCCUGCACCAGGCUGCUAACUGGAGUUUAC